AUGAUUUAUAAACCUGACUUAUUAAAAUAAGAAAAGUAGAUAGAUAGAACAAUUAAAAAUUUAAUCUAUGAGGGAAUUAAUUAUUAAGUUUAUGAAAAUAACAGUGGUCAUCUUAUAAAGUAAUAUAAAUUUGAAAAUGUUUAUGAGCUUAAUGAAUUGAUUAAAACUUUAGAAUUGGAAUUGUAUUUAAGUAAGUAAACUGACAUUCUUUAUGCUCCCCAAUAUUAUUAUGUAGAAGAAAACACUACGAUUUAUAUUCAAUAUUAAUUAUUUAAUAAUUUGCUGAAAUAAGUGAUAUAAUAAAAUUAAAGCGAAACACUAAAAUAAAAGGAGGAUUAAGAAUUAUAUAAUGAAUUGAUUGAUGAUGAUGAAAAAAUUUAUGAAGUAAACCCUUAGGAUUAUGCAAAAGAAUUGCAGAUCAAAACAUAGAAUCUUAAAGUAACUUAGAAUUUAAUAAACACUAUCAUAAAAUUAUAUGAAUUGGAAUUAAAUGGUUUUAUGAUUAAAAACAUAAAGCCAACCAAUAUUAUCUAUAAUAUUGAGAAUUUGUAAUUUAUGGAUAAUUUUUUGCAAAGCAUCAAAUUUGAAGUUAGUUUAGAAGAGUAUCUGAUCCUAGAUUUCGUAAAACAAUAAUACUAAAGUAAUAAUUAGAGCUUAAAAAAUCUUGGUAGAUGCUACAUGCAAUUAUUCUUAUUAAUUGAGAUUGAAGAUUAACAAGAAACAGAGUAUUUAGAACUAAUCAAUAAAUAUUAUGGUUCUAAAAUCUAUAAUUUACUCAGAAUAAUGAUACAAAGCGAUUAUAAAUAUUUUACUUCGAUAAUGCAAUCUCAAGAGUUUGUGGAGUUAAUUACUCCACUCAAUAUACUUGAUAAUAAGCAGCUAUUUAUUUAAUUUUUUGAAAAAAAAUAGUAGAAGAAAGAUGAGAUUUGGGAAAGGAUAAAAAAGAAUUUUGAGGUAGAUUAAUAAUAACAGAUUUGGUAAAAGUAUUAAAAGUCUAAUUUGUAAUUCAUGAUAAAAGAAAAAGAAAUCGCUAAAUAUAGAGUAGAGUACAAAGUUUCUAAUAUUAAUACGCAUAAACUUGAGUAUGAUAUUACGGAUAUUGUGAUAAUUAAUCAGCAGAUUAAUCAGAAUUAUGAAAGAGCCAUCCUCCUAACAACUAUUUAAGGAAAAAUAAUUGUGCAUUCUAAUGCAACUUUAUUAAACAUAUUCUAAUGCAGUCCUAAAUCAUUAAGAUCAGCAAUCAAAUUCAAAUUUGAGAACAAUAUAUAUGUCGCAAUAGCAGGGGACGAUAAAAUUAUUUACGUUUAUAACUAGAAUGAGCUUUAGAAUUCAUAUCCAAAGAUAUUUUGUUAAAUAGCCAAUGAAACAACAAAUUUUUGA